AUGGCAGAAGUCCGCACCAGCACCCGCCGCCCGGCGCGGCAAAGGCACCCAAGAAGAAGGCAGCAGCCAAGGCCAAGAAAGCGGGACCCAGCAAGUGGCGAGCUCAUCGUCAAGGCUGUGACCGCUUCAAGGAGAGGAGCCGGCGUGUCCCUGGCCGCACUCAAAGAAGACGCUGGCGGCAGGCGGCUCGACGUGAGAAGAACAACUCGCGUCAAGAUCGCAGUCAAGAGCCUCGUCACGCAGAACCCCAAAGUAAAGAAGGUGGCCGCCAAGAAGCCGCGCGAAGAAGCCAAGAAGGUAGCAGCCAAGAAGGCCGUCGCCGCACAAGAAGUCCCCCAAGAAGGCCAGAAGCCCGCUACACCCAAAAAGGCCGCCAAGAGCCCCAAGAAGGUGAAAAAAGCCCGCAGCAGCGUUCAAGAAGGCAGCCAAGAGCCCCAAGAAGGCUACAAAGGCAGCCAAGCCCAAAGCCGCCGAGCCCAAGCGCCGGCCAAGAAGGCAGCCCCCAAGAAGAAGUAA